CAAGGCAAAACUACUGGCGCACUCAGGCUCCGAAUAAGUAAGUAACACUGUCGCUAGCUAGGAAAUUUCAGUUCAUGUGCGGGAGCAUUUUAUUACUCGGUCUCUAAUGUCAGUAUCGGAUGAUUGUUCAGUUAUCUAUCAGAGCAUGAUGACCUCAAGCGUUGUGUCUCAUUAAGCAAUUUGGAAGGAUAUACUAGUAUAAGUUGACUUCUGAAUGAAGCAAGAUGACAUCUUUUCUCGGUUUCAAUAUGCCCGAACAGGGGGUAGUAGAAAAGACUUGUGAGUUGUGACAGCUGUACUACAGUUGACUGCACAAUUUACUAAUGAGGAUCACAUGAAUCUUACCCAUACAGACAACCUUGAGCAGACUGAGCGUUUUAGCCACCCAAUAUCCUAGAGAGGGAGCCAUGGCGCAAGUCGGUGGCAUGCUUACCGCGGCCGUCCUCAAGAUUGUGGCCGAGCAGAUUGGUUCCAUCAUCGGUGGUGAGAUCAAGCGGCUGUGCAACCUCAACGAUGACCUAGAAGACAUGAGGAUGACGCUGGAAUCUGUCUUGGCGUUGCUCAAGGACGCCGAGAGGCAGUCAGUUAAGAGCGUGGCGGUGUUGCUGUGGCUGAAGCGGCUCAAGUUCGCUGCAUAUGACAUCUCCGACAUGAUUGAUGAGUUCGAAGCAGAUGCCAUGACCAAAGCAGUUGCACCAAAGUGUGCAACUAUCAGCUGUUGUUUUACAGCGUGGUCCAACAUUAAAAUGGCCAAAAAUAUGAAGAAGAUGAGGGUGCAACUUGAGAAAAUCGCGAAACAAAACAAGGAUUUCAAUUUAAUGCCAGAGAGCAGCUCCACUGUACAAGUACUCUAUGAUGAUCGGGCCACAUCUCCAAACGUGGAAGAAUCAGUCAUCGUUGGAAGGGCUCAAGACAAGCAGAGGAUAUUAUUUUACUUAUCUGAUAAGAUCUUGACCCAAGAUUUCAUUAUCCUUGCAAUAUAUGGCAUGGGAGGUAUUGGCAAGACAACCUUAGUGCAGUUAGUUUUCAGUGAUACGAAAUUUAGAGAGUAUUCUCUUGUGUGGGUCUAUGUGUCCCAGGUGUUUGAUUUAAAUAAAAUUGAGAGCUCUAUAAUUUCACAACUACCCAAAAUGGAUCUUAGCAUGAGUGAUUCAGAGGUGGCACCUACCAAUAGGAAUAUUCUAAUAGUUUUGGAUGAUCUUUGGGAGAAUAAUGGUUUCAAAUUAGAUAAAUUGAAGCUUAAGCUAAAGGUCAGGACGGGAGCCAAGGUGAUCGUCAUAGUUACCACACGUGAUGAAGACAUUGCUAGGAGAUUUUCUAAUGUUGAACCCUACAAGCUAGAGCCCUUGACAGAUGGCAUAUGUUGGAACAUAAUAAAACAAAAAAGUGCUUUUGAAGAUAGAGGUGACAAAGAACGGUUGGAACAGACAGGAAGGGAGAUUGCAAGGAAAUGUGGCAGUGUGGCAUUAGCUGCUCAAUCCCUUGGGUAUUUAUUACAUUCCAAAAGGCUUGACGAAUGGGAAUCAGUGAAAGACAAUGAUAUUUGGAAUGAAUCUACCUUAGAAGAUGCAUCUUCACCACAUCAUGUGCUUGCAUCCUUGAAGUUAAGUUAUGUCAAAAUGCAACCAAGCUUGAAGUUAUGUUUUGGAUAUUGUGCAAUAUUUCCUAAAGGUCAAAAGAUAGUUAAGGAUGAUUUAAUUCACCAAUGGAUUUCUCUCAACUUUAUCAAACCAUCAAAGGUAUAUUCCUGCAGACAACUUGGUGAGAUGUAUGUUACUCAACUGUUGGGGAUGUCCUUUCUUCAGCGUCCGAAGUCACUAUAUACUGCUGGAGAUUAUCACGACAAUUUUAUAUUGUUAACCAUGCAUGAUCUGGUCCACGACUUGGCAAGAUCAGUCAUGUUUGAUGAAAUACAGAAUGAUGGUUUGCAAGGAGACACUAGUGGAAGAAAUUGCCGCUAUGCUUUGCGUACUGAAUUUAGCAAGCCAUUGGAAACAUUAAGGGCACUGCGUUUUAUGGGAUGCAGCAUAGAUAAUAGACUUCACAAUGAUUCAUUUUCAUCUGCUAAGUACCUGCGUCUGUUGGAUUUAAGUGAGUGCUCUAUACAGAGAUUGCCAGAUUCUAUUGGUCAAUUGAAGCAGUUGAGGUAUCUUAAUGCCACAGGAGUUCAACAUGAAACGAUUCCUGAUGGUAUCACCAAGCUCUUGAAACUAAUGUAUCUUAGUCUUCGGGGAUCUUCUGGAAUCCAGGCAUUGCCAGAAUUUAUGGGAGAAAUGGAGGACUUGAUGUAUCUUGAUUUAUCAGAUUGUUCAAGAAUAAUAAGAUUGCCAGUGUCAUUUGGCAAGCUAACAAAAUUGGUUCAUCUGGAUUUGUCACAUUGCACUAGGGUUAGAGGUGUAUCGGAAUCCUUGGAGAGUCUCACCAAUGUUGAAUAUUUAAAUUUAUCAAACUGCAAAAAUAUUGGAGAGCUGCCAGGAGCUUUGGGUAACUUAGGAAAUUGGAAUAUUUGAACUUAUCAAGCUGCUCAUACAUUCUUGGGGGGUCGG